AUGUCAAAGCUCAAAGGCUUGAGCUUUCGGACAAACAACGAAGUCGCCUCAUGUCUUCGCCAAGCCCCCAUGCGCCAACGGCUCGAGAGCGGGUGUUUUGGCUGUCAGCCGACCGGAGCCCAGGGCGCUCGAGCUGGGGACUGGGAGCCGAAAAGGCCAACGGUUAGUCAACAGUUAGUCCGAGAAUGGAAGCCGAAGGUGCGUGAUGGGCUCAAUGAGACGAAUGAGACGACCAGGUCUUGUGAGGUUGGGCUUUUGAGAUGUCGGAAGACCUCUGAAGACUUCAUGGUCUACAUAAAUGUCUACAAUGGUCUACAAUUUUGUUGUCCGAAAGGAUUCAACCCAAUCAUCCAGCUCCCCAGCUCUGUGUGA